UUUAAGAGUCAGCUGUUGUAGAAAGAGAGGCUGUCACUAGCAGGUCACAGAAACAGUUUUUUUUGAUUGACAUAUGUGUGAUAUACUCCCAUGCUCCAUGAUUUGAUGCUAGAGUUAAUGGUGCCCCAAAGUAAGAGACAGAUCCCAUCCAACAAGCAGCAAAUUGAGCCACACAGGAGAAGUCUCCCCCCAAUAGAGACUUUAUAGACAAAAGCAAAGCCAGAUGGCACUAUCAUCAGAUGGUACACUCUACAACUCUACAACAACAGCACAAAAUGACACUUUGACAAACCAGACAGAAAAACCGAACUCUCACAACUGGGAGUUCCUGGUGGCCGUCCUGGUCACAGCCAUCUCUGUCUCCAUUAUUGUUGCCCUUCUGGCUAAAUGCCAGGUGGUUCGACGCUACCUGGCCAGCUACAGGCACACGCGGCUGACUGAGACAGACACUAUUAGCCAGUGUGACCCGUCAGGCCUGGAGGUGCAAUUUGCCAUGCGAGAGGGACGUGGAAUGAGCCCUCACUGUCUCCCUCCUGUGAGCGAGGAAGAUGAUGACGGCUUCAUUGAGGACAACUACAUCCCAGCCAGUGAGAGGGCGAGGGCUGAGAGAGCAGCGGAGAACAUGGAGGACACAGAGGAGGAGAUGGAUGAAAUUGAAUUUACCAUCGGUUAGAAGGAGUGGCUCUACAACUCCCCUGAACCACCAAUUCCACUCCCACUUUUUCCUUUUCUUUUCUGUGUAAAAUACAUGUUUUGGAUUACAAAACAGGCACUUAUUAAACAUUAGUUAAGUUUAGGUAAAGUAUAAAGACAUAUAAAUGCCAGUGCUCAAGAGCCUCUUCAUUUUAAGGACACACAGAAUGACAUAUCAGGUCUGGGGGCUGUUAAAAGAGAUUGUUAGAAUAUUCUCAGGACAAUAAAUACAAGUCAAGCAGGUCAUGCUUCAUUUAGUUUAGUUUACUGUGUUCUGUAAGGACAGUAAUGGUCAUAAAUGUUUUUUUUAUUCAUAGUGAUUAACAAAGCCAUAAAACUUCUUCCAACAACUGUAAAUAUGAACCUUGAACAAUCACCUUUGCAUCUGUUGACAGUUAUUUGCCUGAGUUGAUUGUUUGGCUGAUUUAAUCCUUUAUGAUUUAGACUGAAAACCAUAAUUGUGCUAAAUGUAAACAGAAAUUUGUCAUUUUUGUUAAUGACACACAAGCAAAGAUGUAGAUAUAAUAUGGAGGGAUGUAUAAUAUGAUUCAAGACCAGUUUUUUACUGUAAUUAAUAAGUCGUGCUAAAUGUUGAGAUUUUUGAGUGAAAAGUUUUCAGACAGAUCAAUGACUUUAUAAGAAAAAAAAAAGAAAUACAAAGCUAUUUCAAAUUCUUAAAUUGUGCUGUUACAGCAUCACUGAUUUCUGCUUUUUCAAAAGCCGAGUAUGCUACAAUGUGCCAUAAAAAGAUUUUUUAAUUAGAAAUAUAUGGUAUGUAUAGGAAGAAGAUAGUGCUACAUGAAAAAUGUAGGCCGGCUCAAUUAUAGUAAAGGCAGUAUCCUAAUUGUAAUUUGUUACAUUCCACUCUUGGUUGCUAUUUUUAUGAUGGCAUCAAUGGGCUGGGACUCUCAAAACUCUUAUUAUAAGUGCAUAGCAGCAAUUUGUAAACAGUUUGAUAUGAAUAAAAAUCCAGUUGUAAGUCAAACUACGACAUUUUGUCUGUCUGCAAGGGACAUGUCUGUUUUUUAUGUUCAAAACAUGGGUGCAACUCUCCAUUCAGAAUAUUUUCCUCACAUUUUGGUCUUGUUUGCCUCAUUUGGUCACCAACUUAA